GAGCGUUCCACCCCUCCGAGUCCAGGCCCAGCCCAGCCAGACGGCUCCCCACAGGGUAAAUGAGGACAAUGCCCGCUGGCCCACGUGGGGAGGGGAUGUAGAGCGCAGCGGCGCCAGCCGCUCCUGGCACCAUGGAUGAUGCCGCGGUCCUAAGGAAGAAGGGUUACAUCGUGGGCAUCAAUCUUGGCAAGGGCUCGUACGCAAAAGUCAAAUCUGCCUACUCUGAGCGCCUCAAGUUCAACGUGGCGGUCAAGAUCAUUGACCGAAAGAAGACGCCCACUGACUUCGUGGAGAGAUUCCUUCCUCGGGAGAUGGACAUCCUGGCAACUGUCAACCACCGCUCCAUCAUCAAGACCUAUGAGAUCUUUGAGACCUCUGAUGGGCGCAUCUACAUCGUCAUGGAGCUCGGGGUCCAGGGCGACCUGCUCGAGUUCAUCAAGUGUCGGGGGGCGCUGCACGAGGAUGUGGCGCGUAAGAUGUUCCGCCAGCUGUCCUCGGCCGUCAAGUACUGCCACGACCUGGACGUCGUCCACCGAGAUCUCAAGUGCGAGAACCUCCUCCUUGACAAGGACUUCAACAUCAAGCUGUCCGACUUCGGCUUCUCCAAGCGCUGCCUGCGGGACGGCAGCGGCCGCAUCAUCCUCAGCAAGACCUUCUGCGGGUCGGCGGCGUACGCGGCCCCCGAGGUGCUGCAGGGCAUCCCCUACCAGCCCAAGGUGUAUGACAUCUGGAGCCUGGGCGUGAUCCUCUACAUCAUGGUCUGUGGCUCCAUGCCCUACGACGACUCCGACAUCAAGAAGAUGCUGCGCAUCCAGAAGGAGCACCGCGUGGACUUCCCCCGCUCCAAGAACCUGACGGGCGAGUGCAAGGACCUCAUCUACCGCAUGCUACAGCCCGACGUCAACCGGCGGCUGCACAUCGACGAGAUCCUCAGCCACUCAUGGCUACAGCCCCCCAAGCCCAAAGCCAUGUCUUCUGCCUCCUUCAAGAGGGAGGGUGAGGGCAAGUAUCGGACGGAGUGCAAACUGGACACCCGGCCAGGCUCGCGGCCCGAGCACCGGCCCGACCACAAGCUGGGAGCCAAAACCCAGCACCGGCUGUUGGUGGUGCCCGAGAACGAGGACAGGAUGGAGGACAGGCUGGCCGAGACCUCCAAGGCCAAAGAUCAUCACGUCACCGGAGCCGAGGUGGGGAAAGCGAGCACCUAGCGGUGCUGUGGGCCCGGGGGGCGCGGUGCAUGGUGUGCGCCCACAUAAACUAAAUAGACAGGUAGGAGCUGCAGAAGGCACAGGUGCAAGGAACAAGUAAAAUCCGUCAAUUAAACCACUAUUUUGAUUAC